CCCCGCCCUCUCGCCGGUGCAUUGUGGGAUAGUGGUGCCGCGGCCCCGGGUCUCCGAGCGCGGCUCGCCAGCGCCCCCCUCCCUCUCUCCCUCUCCUCCCCCCUCCCCAGCUCCUUCUCCAUCCUCAGGUCCAAGAUGGCGGCGGCGGCUCCUCCGGCUCCAUCUCCGCCUCCCCCUCCUCCCUCCGGCCCGUGUUGCCCGGGCUCGUGGCCCAACUUCGCCGUCGUCUGCUCCUUCCUCGAGCGCUACGGGGCCUUGCUGGACCUACCCGAGCUGCCCUUCCCCGAGCUGGAGCGCGUCCUGCAGCCGCCGCAGGAGCCCGGAGACCAGGUUCCAAAAGAAUUGGUGGAGCUUCACUUGAAACUGAUGAGAAAGAUUGGGAAGUCUGUCACAGCAGACAGAUGGGAAAAAUAUUUGAUCAAGAUAUGCCAAGAAUUCAACAGCACAUGGGCUUGGGAGAUGGAAAAAAAAGGAUACCUAGAAAUGAGUGUUGAAUGCAAAUUGGGAAUUCUGAAGUAUCUCUGUGAAUGUCAGUUUGAUGACAAUCUAAAGUUUAAGAAUAUUAUUAAUGAGGAGGAUGCUGAUGCAAUGCGUCUUCAGCCCAUUGGUCGAGACAAGGAUGGCCUAAUGUAUUGGUAUCAGCUGGAUCAAGAGCAUAAUGUCAGGAUGUACAUAGAAGAACAGGAUGAUCAGGAUGGAUCCACCUGGAAGUGCAUUGUUAGAAACCGAAAUGAGCUCGCUGAGACCCUUGAGCUCUUGAAAGCACAAAUAGAUCCUGCCCUGCUGAAAAACAACAAUCAGCAGGAGAAUUCAUCGCGUGAAAGCCCAAGCAUUGAAGACGAAGAUACCAAAAAGGGUGAAGAAGCAUCUCCACAAGAAAAUCAAUUAAAAAUUAAAGAAGAAAAAGAGGUGGUGGAGGAACAGUCAAAAGAAUUGGAGAACCUUCCUCUUCCUGUGGUCAAAGAUGACGAAAAUAUGGAAAACAUGGUGAAAAUUGAGAGAGUGGAAGAAAAAGAAAUUAUAAAAUUGCCAGUAAUAGUAAAAUUAGAGAAACCUUCAGAAUACAAUGAGGAAAAGCAAACAGUCAAAGAAGAAAGUGACUCCUUUAAAGAAAAUGUCAAACCUGUUAAAGUAGAGGUGAAAGAAAACAAAGUAGAACCAAAAGACUUAAAAGAAGUAAAAAGUUGUACUGACAAAAUAGCAGUUCAUGAGCCGGAGAGAUUAGACUUUUGCGUUAAUGUCAAAACUCCCCAAGAAAUUGUGGAGAAAUCUGUGGAAGAAAGUGAAAAACUUAAAAAUGAUCAGCAGGCAAAAAUACCACUUAAAAAGCGAGAGAUCAAGCUGACAGAUGACUAUGACAGCCCAGUAAAGGGUUCCCUAUGCAAAUGUGUAACUCCAACAAAGGAUGUCUUGAAGGAAGAGGGGAAACCAGAAGAAGAAACUUUUAAGAGAGUCCCUACAAUUACUGCUUUAUGUCCUGAUGGGAAAGUGCUAGUAAAUGGAGAGGUUAGCAGUGAAAAAAUAACCCCAAGUGUCAUACAAAAUAAUAAAUCAGAACACUCUCCUACCACAAAAGAAGACAGCAGCUCAUUAAAGGAGAAAAAUGGUAAAAGUGGGGAGAAGGUGUCAGACUCCUUAAACUCUGUUAGUAAAAUUAUGAAAGCAUGUGAGGUAGAGAAAAAUUCAGUAACUGUGGUCAAAGAGGUAGGGACUGUGGUCUCUGAGGUUUCUAAUCAGAAAGUGCCUUUAAAAGAGGAAUCUAGUCCUGUGGAAAAAGAGUCCCUCGACAACAUAACUACUGAAAUGGUAGUGGAAGAGUCUUCAAACUCUGAAGACUGUGCCAAAAAAACUGAAGAGAAACUAGCAGUGAAAAUCAAAAAGGAGAGGCGAUCGCCGCCCAAUGAACAUUUAGAAAAGUCCCCAAAUGCAUCUACUCCUAAGGAACUGCCCAAGCUUGCACUAGCUGAUGAGGAGAGUUUGAAAAGUAAAGGUGAGUCUGAGGAGAAACCUGCUUCUCCAGAAGCUGCAGAGACACCCCCUUCAUCUACUUCUCCUGUUACAUUAGAGAGUUCCAUUUUAGAAGAGGAGCACUCUGAUACUAAAAGUAUAAUCCCUGAAGAAAGCAGAGUAGAAGAAAAAUCAGACCCUGAAAAACAAGAGGAAGAGUCUGAGGUUGCUAAGACAGAACCAGAUAGAUUAGACGAUGCCCAUGCUUCUAAUCUAGAGGACUCCUCGGAGAGUAAAAAGGAAUCUCCAGUACCUAAAAGCAAAUUUAAAUAUAAGCUAGUUUCUGAAGAAGAAAGUUGUGCAACAGAUAAUAAAGAAAUAACUUCUGAAAGACAGAAAGAAGGAAUUAAGUUAACAAUUAGGAUCUCCAGUAGGAAGAGAAAGGCAGAAACGCCACCGGAAGAGCUCGGUGUCGGUCGCACGUUAAGGCGAUCUCCGAGAAUAUCUAAGCCUACUCCAAAAGUUGUGGAGACUCGGGAUCAGAAACCAGACAAAAAGCGAGCUGAAGAGGAGGAGGAGAAACCUGCAGCAGCACAAAAACAAGAACGAAAAGAUGAUGCAAAAAAACAGGAGAAGGAGUCAAAUUCUAAAGUUAAGAGAAGCAAAGUUCGGUGGACGGGUACUCGAACACGUGGCAGGUGGAAAUACUCAAGUAAUGAAGAAAGUGAGGAGUCAGAGAGUGAAAAAAACUCAGAUGAGGAAGAGGAGGAAGAAGAGGAGGAGGAAGAAGAAGCUGCACCUGCCGAUGAUGAUGAGCCAUGCAAGAAGUGUGGCCUUCCCAAUCACCCUGAGCUGAUUUUGUUGUGCGACUCGUGUGACAGUGGAUACCAUACAGCCUGCCUUCGCCCCCCUUUGAUGAUAAUCCCUGAUGGAGAAUGGUUCUGCCCACCUUGCCAGCAUAAAUUGCUCUGUGAGAAACUAGAAGAACAAUUACAAGAUCUGGAUGUUGUCUUAAAAAAGAAGGAGCGUGCAGAACGCAGAAAAGAACGACUGGUGUAUGUGGGUAUCAGUAUUGAGAACAUCAUUCCACCUCAAGAGCCAGAAAUACCAGAAGGUCAGGAAGAAAAGAAGAAAGAUUCCAAAAAGCCAAAAUCAAAGCUGCUCGAAAGGAGGUCUACCAGAACUCGGAAGUGCAUAAGUUAUAGGUUUGAUGAAUUCGAUGAGGCAAUUGAUGAGGCAAUUGAAGAUGAUAUCAAGGAGGCUGAUGGAGGAGGCAUUGGCAGAGGCAAAGACAUGUCUAAUAUCACGGGUCACCGUGGGAAAGACAUUUCCACAAUCCUAGAGGAAGAAAGGAAAGAAAAUAAGCGACCACAAAGGGCUGCUGCAGCACGUCGCAAGAAACGACGGCGACUAAAUGAUCUGGAUAGCGAUAGUAAUCUGGAUGAAGAAGAGAGUGAAGAUGAAUUCAAGAUCAGUGAUGGAUCACAGGAUGAGUUUGUUAUAUCAGAGGAAAAUCUGGAUGAAAGUGAAGAUGACCCACCAUCAAAUGAAGACAGCGAUUCGGAGUUCUGUGCCCGCAUAUCCCGGCGACAUCUCUCCAGGCCCAUGAGGCAAAGUAGGCGGUUACGAAGGAAAACAGUCAAGAAAAGAUAUUCUGAAGAUGAUGAAGAGGAAGAUUCUGAGGAAAAUUCAAGCAGAGAGUCUGAAAGUGCUGAUUACACAGAUUACAGUGAUGAUGAUUACCUGGAAACUAGGAGGAGAAGAUCAAGACGGAAUCAGAAGAGACAAGUUAAUUAUAAGGAAGAUUCAGAAAGCGAUGGCUCGCAGAAAAGUGUCCGAUAUGGAAAGGAGUUAAGACGAGUGCAUAAACGCAGGCUUUCCACUUCAGACAGUGAAGAAAGCUACACAUCUAAGAACUCUGAAGACGACGAAUCCACAAAGGAGUCAAAGCGACUGAUUCGAAAACAUAGGCGAAGUACAGAUGAAUACUCUGAAGGAGAAGAAGGAGAGGAUGAAGAAGACGAAGGGAGGCCUGUCCGCAAACGGCUGAAUCGAAUUGAAACCGAUGAUGAAGAUAACUGCGAAAAUGCUAAUGAUGACGCAGAAAACCCCGCUCCUGCAAAUAAGCUGCCAGCCCCACAGGCUCCUCAAGACAACACCAAGAAGCCCUGCUACCGGAUAGAAAGCGAUGAUGAAGAUGACUUUGACAACGUAGGGAAAGUAGAGAGCCCUUUGGACUACAGCCUGGUGGACCUGCCUUCCACCAAUGGACAGAGCCCAGGUAAAACCAUUGAGAACUUGAUUGGCAAACCAAGUGAGAAGACCCAAGCCCCUAAGGACAGCACAGCCACUGCCAGCCUGGCACCCAACGGCACAGGGAGUGGGCAGGAAGCAGUAGGGCCAGAGGAAGAUGAAGAUGAACUUUUGAGAGUGACUGACCUUGUUGAUUACGUCUGUAACAGUGAACAGUUAUAAGACUUCCAUUUUUGUGCUAAUUUAUUCCACGGUAGCUCAUACCAGCGGGCCAGUUAUUAAAAGCUGUUUUAUUUUUCCUAGAAAAUUCUCCACUACAGUAUCACUUUUUAGAAGCAAGAAUUUCACCAGUCCUGCAGUCUUUCUGUGAAGUGACCAGUUUUGAACUUUGAAGAUGAAUUGCUGUAAAUUCCCUCUUCUACCCCCCCCCCCCUUUCCUUCCAAGUCCAUGGUCCUGGGUAAUUUCACUCACAAAAACCUUAUAACAACAAGAGAUUUGUAUAUUUUUGACUUUAUAUUUCCUGAGUGCAUACAAAUUUGUGGAAAUGGGUGGCCUAAGAAAGCAUUCCAAAUCGGUCAGGGCCCAAACCGGAACUGGGGUGGGUUUGGCUCAUGGGGUGGGGGGUACAGAAGCACUUGUGCUUUAGCUUUUUCAUAUGAGAUAUAUAUUAUAUUUAAAUGUUCACAACUUAGAUUACAACUUAACAGACAGUUUAAAAGUUAAUGUCUGUACUGUCGCAUCUUGUGAGUUGUAGGUUAACAUACCAUAGCUCAUUUUAGUAAUCACCUUCAUGGAAGCAGUUUGAUUUUUAAUACUGGAGGUAAACACAGUUAAUAAAGAGGCCAAGAAGGUACCAUAAACAAGAACUCUACUAUCCAUUAUGACUUGCAGACUUUCCUAAUAAACAUCCUUUAAAGUGUUUGUACAGUAAAGUGUACUGUAAUGAACUUUUUGACAGUUGAAACAUGCUAGCAAUGAAUUUAUAAAGCUGUCUCAUGCAUAGUUCAUCAGAUGGUCUUUAAUACACAGUGUCUAGUGGGAGGACGUGUUGAUGCGAAGUUAGUCUGUAAAUUGGAUGGCAUCGUGAAGUGCUGCAAGCUUUUACAGACAACAGAACCCUGCAGCAGCUGCCUGGCCACGUGCGUUUAACCAUCUGUUGGAGUAUUUUGAAUGAUACAUGUUUGUACAUACUGCAUUGACCACAGAAUUACAACGCAUCAAAUGAUUUGAGGGAUUUUCAAAUAAACCGUGACUGGUCCAUUCAUGUCCUUAAUAUCUACUUCAAAUUGAAGUAAACAAAUGGAACAGUUUUCCUUUUGGAGGUUUUCUGUUUGGAGUUUGUGUGUGUUUUUGUUUUGAUUUUACUUAUCUGCCUGGAUGUAUUAGCAGGUUUUGAAUGUAGUGUUGGCCUUUGGCCAUUAGAACUUUCUUAAAAUACAUUUUAGUAAUUGUCAUGUGACCAACAGAUUUCAAGAAGGCAGUAUUUCUGAGAGAAAACGCAUGACUCCAAGACAUCUCAUCAACUUUUGAGUGGGCAUGAAGCGUUAUGUGCUUUUGUUCAAAAAAUGGAGACUACAAAAGAAAAAAACCACGUGAAGCACAUAAGAGAGCAAAGCUGAAAUUUGUUUUGGUUACCAUUCAGUUUUCUCUUUAUUCUGAAUUAAGAUGCAGGCUGUAGCAUUUGUAUAUGUUGUAGCACACAGACAACUAAAACAAACCUGCCAAACACUGAAAUCCGAAAAGGUCACGUCUAUUAAUCCUUUUGCUCUGAGAUUUGGAUUUUUUGACUGGUGUUUAUGUCCGUUGCCGGCAAUGGAUGCACCAAAACUGCUGCUGCCACCAAGGAGUGAGUUCUCCUUUCCUGCCCCACCUGACUCCCUACCAUUAUACUGUAUUUACUAGUCAGUCAUUAAGCACUUCUGUUUUCUUGUAAUGAAACUGGCAUUAGGCCUUUACUAAAUACCUCUGUAGAAAACCUAGAUCCAAAAAUACCUACCUUCUGGCCUUGAAAGUCUUGUUUUUGUUUCCCCACCUCUCUCUCCGUGAGUUCUGUCAGAACCACUCCGUAACUCCUACUUAUCUGGAUUCUAGCAGCCCAUAUAUCCUGCUAUAAAACUAGAAUCAUCAGAGCUGCAAAAAGAUAGAACUCAUUCAUUAUUUGCUAUGCUAGGCAAGUUGGUGAUUAAAAAAAAAGAGAGAAAUCACUCUCUAAAUGAGAAUUUAAUUCCAUUGCAGAUUAUUUUUCCACCUUAUCAAUGUUAACUAUUAACAGUUUUCAUAACCGGAUACUAAACAGGGUAGUGAAAAGCCACAGAAGUUUAGAAUGUGUUCUGAAAAGCAUAUGUAGCAUUUUAAGCUACUCUAGUGUUUUUCUUUGCCUAGGUGAUGCAUAAAUGUAGUGCUUCUACAUUUCUAAUAUACUUGUGUUUUAAAACAAGCAAGAACAUAUGGCUUCCACUUUUCAAUGUUAAUAAUUGCUGAGCAUUUUUAAUAUUUGCAGUGCAAACUGUCGAGUUCACGUGCAGCAACACUGUACAACCAGUGAUUUCUCAUUCGUUUUGGCAGUGCCAUAAGCUUCUUUGCUGCCUGAUGGAGCCUUUUAGUGUCUGAUCAGUGCCGUAGCAAAUGCUCUUGCUUGUAGAGUCAACUCCAAAUGAUAAGUACUUAGUGGACAAGUAAUUGUAAAUGUAGGAAAAUGCAAAGGAGUUAAAAUACUGAAUAUACCAGCCAGGAAAAACAACUGAGUACUGAGUUAGGGAGUGAAGUAAAAGCAGAAAAGAUCAGAAGGCAGAAUUGGAGCAUUGUAGCCUACAACAGGAGUGUCAGGUUUUCUGAAUGUGGAAAGAAAGAUUGUUACAAAGUUUUACUUUCUGUAGGUCACUUUUAAAAACUUACUCUCCAGUGUUUGAGAAGUCGUAUUGGAUACCUGGCACGGCUUCAUCCCCUCGGGUCCAGAGUUCCAGCUUAGAUCGGUGGGAAUUUUAUGCAAGCGAAAAUUGCAAAAAAUUUCCCAGAAAGUCUUACAUUUUCAAACUUGCAUCUUCUCCCAUUUUGAAGACUUCCUGCUUGGUGGAAAAUGUACAAUAUCUCAUUUGGAAAGAUGCUGUUUUCUGACAUGAGGCCAGCUGACUGUGCCAUACAGGGUUCAUGCUGUUGUUAUCAAUGUAUAUGUGAUUCCACAGUGGAAAUGUCCUCCAGGUAUUUUGGUGUCUUUAGCAGGUUGCGCUCUUCUCUUUUCCUCAUGAGAUCAGAAGUGAAAUACCUUUCAGUCCUGAUCUUCACGUGUCGCUUUAGACUAACAAGAAAAUGUUCAAACCAUACGAGAAACAGAAUAAAACUGGCCAGGGAUUUUUUAACGUGAUGAAUUUAACAGUAAAAGAAAAAGCAGCUAUUGGCUGAACAUAUAAAGCAUUUAUUAAACAAACUCUUGUUUAUUCCAUACAGGUUGUCACUAAAAGUUUUUUUUUUUCUUUUUUAACUGAACACUCUUCAGAGUACAAUUGGUUGGGAAGAAAGUGAAAUGAUUUUAAAGUGCAGUUUUAGUAUUGGAGAGGGGAAGAAGCUAUAAAUGGAGUGGGGGAAUGGGCUUUUUUUGUGUGUCAGCUCGUGCAUAUCAGCCUCAUAAAGUGCACAGUCGGUCCACUCUGUAAUGAAUAAACGUUGUGCAUUAAGCAUUUUAGUGCAUUUAUGGGUGGUAGAAUUAAGAACUCAAAAUUUCACUGCAGUUGCUGUCUUCUAGGUAUUGAGUCUUCUAAACCUGAGCAUAUUUGUGAUUUUCAAACAGAAAACAACACCACCAAACUACCAAAAAAAAGAUCCCCUUAGUAUUGAAGUCUUGUAGGAAGAUCAGUGCUGAACAAUCAACUCUGAACAUCUGAUAGUUUGAGUUUGUACAUGUUAAAUUACAUUUUUUUUUAAUGAAAAGACGCUCUAUUCUAACAGCACUUAAGAGAAACAGAGAUGCUGUUUUCUAAACUGUUUAUGAGGUAUGUCACCCUCAAGAUAUGUUUGGAUUAAAGCGUCUCAGUUACUCUUUGUAUAGUGGGAGCUGAUGACUUAGUUUGACUUGUUUUCUGUUCACUUCUGUUUCCUAACUGCUAUGUCUGAACUCUUUGUGAGAGACCUUACUCAAAGAACCUCAAGGUAAAUAUGUAUGUUCACGAAAGAAAAAUUGUAUGGUAGUGGUACAGUUGUUUUAUCUUAAUAUUUAUCAUUUGAACUAUAUUGGUAUCCAGAUGCUGCAACUGUGUAAUAAUUUUAAUAGUGCAUUGUCAGGGUGUCCAUUAUAUACCUCUGUUUUCAGGCGCUUAUAACUUGGUUUUCAGUGCUCUUCAAUAGGAAGGCCUGGUCUAAAGUUUUCAAAUAAUUUUUUCAAAUUACGUAUUUUCACAAACUUUUAUGAAAAGUAAACAAGCAAGUAAUUUUCAUGGCACCUGCUUUUUUUAAUUCACUUUGUACACAGUAAGUUAAAUUAUAGCAGUCAUGCUAGCUCCCAAAACUGGUCUAAUCAAGAUAUUUAUAUCACCUAUUUCAAAAUGGUAGUUUAAGCCUUGAAAAUUGGUUUUGGUACAUGUGCAGUGACUACUAUUCAUAGGCUUGUAUUACGGAUAUUAUGUGCAGUGUGCACCCUAGAUCUGUUAUUUACAUUUGAAGAAUGCUUCCAGUUCACUGGGUAUAUAAAAUCCUUAAAUAUAUAUAUAUAUAAAAAAUACAAAAAAAAAAAAAAAACAAACCACAACUAUCUUCAAGCAAGCAAUAAAUUUCUGAAGCAAAUUGUAUUGUAUUCGGGUGGAGGAAACUCCAGCAAUUCAUGUGAAAGAGCACAGUUCUGCCAUUCCUUAGAUGUUUAAAGUUUCUGUGGAAGCAUUUAGGCCUAUUGUUUCAAAUAAUGAUUUGCAGGAUCAAGCCUGCUUUUCCUGGCAAUCUUACUUUUAUCCCACCCCUUCCAUAACAGUCGGGGUAUGUAAUAUUUCUCUUAAAAUGUUGGAAGACAGAAAAUAAAAAAUUCAACAGAAACAACUGGGUUUUUUUCUAGUAUAUAUUGAUGUAAGAAAAAUUCUAAAUGACUGAUUUUUUGAUGCCUUAGCGUUGGAUACUCAAUCGGAGACGUAGUAGAGAGCUCUGACUUCAGAAAUAUUUGCCAGUUGAAAGUUAUUCCUGAAGUUAGACCCCCAACAGUUGAGGUAUUGAAGAUUACUGGUCACUUCUGAAAACGUACAUCACUUACCAAGCUCUUAUUUUAGAUUAGGUAUAACUAACUGAGAUAAUUCCAAGCAGCAAAAGCAAGUGUGCUUGGGAAUGAAUUGUCCCAAAGCUUCAGAGUAAUUUAACUUAUUUUGUAUAUUGCAAAAGAUGUAUAUUGCGUAGCGUGACGCUUAAAAAGAUUGUGUACAGCUUCUGGGGGAAAGAACAGAACACUCUAAAGUAGAUAAGUUUUUAUAAUUGAAUAUGUGGUGUAAAGGCUCCAGUUAUAACUGCAAUUAAAAGAAAGUUAAGUCCUACAACUUGGGUUUUUGACUAUCAUUUUGUAAAUGCUGGUACCCCACACCUGAGCUUGAUAAGCAGGAGAGGGGAAAAUAGAGCAGUUAGAGAGGACACGUGCUUAACGAAGGCACAUGUGUCUGCAAAUAUAUCUGCUAUUGCUACGUAUAACCCCAAAGGUUACUAACAAGAACUGAAGGGUAGGAGUUGCUUGGCCCUUUCAGUUGGUUUACUUUGUGCACUUUGCAGCACUUUGUGUAUAGUCAGUCUCACUGGUUCCCCAGGUGCAGACAGAGUCGGUUUCUCCUGCUGUUUAAAUUCACAUAACAGCAGGAGAUGGGGAAUGGGUGGAGGGAAGUGGAACGGAAAAAUGUGUAUGCAAACCCAUGCAACUUGCAAGACAGGUCUUAUAAAAGAACUUCUGACUUGCCCUUUAAAGACUGUAUUUCAAAUGGAAGGUAUUAAAUUAAGAGAAUCAUCCUGAUACCCUACUUUUCUCAUCCCGAUCUUUGUAGCCGCAGGAAAAUCUAUCCGAGCUCUCUUUCCUUGAGGGGAUUUGUAAUGUCCCAUCAGCGCAAUAUGGGUGUGGAGAAAGUUCAGUCCAUAGAGUAUUAUAACAAAGUUUGCCUUUGGGGACGUCUGUUGGAGUCCGCGCAGUUUGCUUUGUUGUUCGUUCCUCUUACGAUGAUCCACACAGCUAAACUGAUUAGUGAUACUUAGAUUAGUCUGUCAGAACUUGACUUGAAUGACUUUAAGGGGAUAAAAUUCUUCUACGAAAACAUACAAUAGGCCUAGUUACCGAUGCACCAUUUGUCUGUUAGAGCAAUACAAGGUCCUUACUAGAUACUAAUCUGCUACUUAAGUUAGUGGUAGAAAAGGAAAUCAAAUCAUAAAGCUGUAUGCCUUGUUUAGUUUUCCAUUUCAUACUCAUUAUAUGGACUCUAAAUUAUUGUACAGUAUCGUAUUCCUAUGCUAUAUUCAUUAAAAUGGUACUCCUCCCCCUAACUUACAUUAAAAUACUUUGUUUUAAAUGUCAAUGCGGUUGCUAGUUUCUACCUGUGUUUCACAGUCCUCCUUAAGAAUAGAUCUGUAGCAGCCAUGAGAUGGUAUUUGACUGAUUCAAGUUUAAUGUCACUGUUCUUGGUGUGCAUGAUGGUUCUCAAAUAGGCACAAACCCUGUAUAGUAGAUGUGAACAGCAGGUAUUUUCACUGUCCCAAUUAAGAUAGAGCAGGUCACUUGCUAGCAGAAUGGUUAUCCUCCAAUAUUCUGUGAGAAGUAGAUCAAAACUGCCAGAUAGGUCUCUUAAAAUUUAAGAUCUGCUUACAUGAAAUACAGUUUUGUCUUACUCCUGUGUGCUGUUUCUAUGUUUGCAAAGAAACCCUGAGUUCCUUAAAAAUGGUCUAGUUCACAGUUGGCCUCAUUUUUGUUUUCUUUCUCUAGAGAGUUAAGGCAGUGACGUUCCGAAAGCUUAGCUCUUUGUAGAGUUUAACCCUUGCAUUUCUUGAGUCCUGAACCUUGAUUUUUAAAUCUCUUUUCAGUCAUGACUUGCUGCGAUAUCAAAGGGAAAGGACUGAGGGACACACACUGUGUGUGGGAGGGGGGAAAAUAUGUUGAAAAAACUGGAAGUGUUAUUCUUGUUGCACAUAAAUUGGGUGGUGCUUUCACUGUCUCUUUUUCCCCACAAGUAAUAUCACAUGCAUGUAAAACAUGAUGCAUUAAAACUUUUUAAAAUGGAAGUCAUGGUGGCCUCAGUGCUCAAAGGGUUAACUGCAGUUUAAUAACAGCUAAUGUUUUUAGAUUUGCAGUACACAAUUGUUUAAAUACUGUAUUCCUUGUAAAUGAAGUAAAAAAAAAAAAUGUUAAGGCUGGUGCCAAUAUUUUUGUUAAUGAAUUGUUCAGCGUUGUCUCUCACUACAGUCUGGUCAGAUCUCUUUGUGUAUAAGCUGGGCCUGAAGCCAUUUUAUAGCUUGUAGGCCUAAUUGUGUAACUUUUCUUUCAUAAUGUUUUUGUUAUAAUAUCUACUGUCAUUUCUUUCAUAUAAAUAUGACAUGUAAAUUGUCAUAAUAAAAAAAAUUGAAAUAACUUGA